CAUUUUUAGAUUCUCUUCUUUGAGUUCAACUAUAUUCAGCUCAAUCUCCUUCAGUUAAACUCAAUACCCAUCUCUACAUUCCCAUUCUUUGCGACUUAUUCUCUUUCGCUACGUGAAAUUGAAAUUCUUCAAUAAUAUUAUUAGAUUAAUUAAGUCAGCCACAUUACAUAGUUCUUCAUCAAGUGCGUUCUUUCCUAGGGACUAAGAUGAGGUUAUCAGUUUUGGUUUAUUUGGUUUUGUGGUUGAAGUGUGUUCAGGUGGUGCAUGGUGAUAUCGUUGCUAGAAACUUCAUUACGUGGGAGGACUUCAUGGUGGAUGAAGAUGGUAUAGCAUAUUCCGACGUUGGUGGUCGAGUCAUUGUGGUCGAUCAAAGUGGUAAUGGAGAUUCAACAACUGUUCAAGGAGCUGUAGAUAUGGUUCCCCACAACAACACACAAAGGGUGAAGAUAUUCAUUUAUCCUGGAACAUACAGAGAAAGAGUGCAUGUGCCGAAAAGCAAGCCGUUAAUUUCAUUUAUAGGUAAGCCUAACAUAAUGGGCAAUGGCAACGCAUUGAAUUCAAUGGACAUUGCCAAUGCCAUACUACCUAUUCUCACUAACAGUACUAAGGCAUCAGACAAAGCCUCCGACGGCCAAGAAUUCGGCACCAUUAGAACAGCAACUCUGUGGGUACAGUCUGAUUUCUUCUGCGCCACUGCCAUUACAAUUCAGAAUUUGGUAGAUAAAGAUGCAGAUAAACGUCAAGCAGUAGCAUUGCGUGUAGAUGGUGAUAAAGCUGUAUUCUACCAAGUUAGGCUUGUGGGGGAGCAGGACACCCUCCUAGAUAACACAGGAAUCCAUUAUUUCUAUCAAAGUUACAUUCAAGGAUCCGUUGAUUUUAUAUUCGGCAAUGCAAAAUCAUUGUUCCAUGAGUGUGUGCUAUACUCUGUAGCUGAGUUUUGGGGAGCAAUUGCAGCUCAUCACAGGGAUUCAGCAGAUGAAGACACAGGGUUUUCAUUUGUUGAUUGCAGAAUCACGGGAACUGGUAGCAUCUUUCUUGGGAGAGCUUGGGGGAAGUAUGCAACAACAGUAUAUUCCUACUGUGACAUGGAUGAUAUUAUUAAUCCUUUGGGAUGGAGUGAUUGGGACAAUCCAUCUAGCCAAGGAAGUGCAAUGUUUGGGGAGUAUGAGUGUUCGGGAAAAGGAUCAAACAGAAGUGAGAGGGUGGAAUGGUCAAAAGCUUUAAGCAUUGAGGAAGCCUGGCCCUUCCUUGGCAGGGACUACAUAUAUGGAGAGGAAUGGCUCAGACUAUAAUAGCAACUUCUGCUACUGUAUGACAUGCAUGCAUGCUUCUCUAUUCAUUUCUUUAUUUACGUAGCACCACCAAAACAAUCAGUUCUAUCUGGCUUAGAGUUCAAGACACAGAAACAAGUUGUCAUACAAUCAUAAUUCUAAACAAUUUUGUGUUCGGAAUCAAAAGUGUUUUCUAAUUUCUGCAUGCUAUUGCUA